AUGGGAGGUAAGAGAUGUAGCAAGCCUUCUUCUGCGAGGUUCUUCUUCUCAAUCUUCUUCAAGCUCCGCUUGAGGAGGCCGGGACAGCGGAGGGAAGCGGAGGAGGCGGAGCCGAUGAAGAGAGAGAGGGUAUGGAUAAGCGACGAAGACAGGGAGCGGUGGGUCGGCGAGCCAGACAUUGACUGGAAGGCCACCGAGUUCAUCGCCAGAUUCUACAACAGGAACCGAGUCGCCGAUUUGGAGAGCCAGAUCCUCGCAGUACUUUCCUAG